UGAAAUCAUGAUUGUAUGAGGUUGUUGAUGGUAACAUAUGCCAAGGUAGGGCGUGAGUUAUCAAAAAUUAUUUAUGACACGUGUCAAUCAAAUGAUCCGCCAAGAUCCGCCUCAUUGAUCCCGCCUCAGCGUUGUAGACUGCUACUUCCUGUCGUUCAGAGUGAGGCUCUACUCAUGGCGGUAGGUUCGGAGAUAGUGAAACAACUGUUCUGCAGCGAAACUAGUGCUUUUUAUGAAUGAUACAGGAUUGAUUCAGAAAUUUAAAUGGCUGAAGCAAGCCUACCAAUAGCUGAAAAUGGUAAUCUCGAAGUGUGUGUUUUAUGUGCUUCGGAAUUAAAAGACAAAAAUCCGAAAUUGUUGUCGUGUUUACAUACUUUAUGUGAGAAUUGCUUGAAUUCGCUGUUUCAAGUGCAAAUUCAACAGAAACGGCCAAAUGGAGAAAACGUCGACACAGCACCGGAUGAAAAAGGCGAGGCCACAGUAGCUGAGAACUGUACAAUAUUGUGUCCAGCAUGUAACGCUACGGUUGAAAAGUCCAAGGUGUUGGACAACUUGUUCGUUCAAAGUGCACCCAUUGUACAUUUAAUUGACGAUGAAGAAGAGAAAGAAGAGGACAGGCAUGUCUGUACAGGGUGUGAUGAAAAUGAGGAAGCCACAUCUUUUUGUGUUGAGUGUAAAGAAUGGUUAUGUGACCAGUGUGUGAUAGCACACCGACGUGUUCGCAUUACAAAAGACCACAUGAUUCAAUCAAAAGAGGAAGCCAAAAAGAUUGAGGAUGAUACCAAUUCCACGCCUCAGAAAAUCAUGUUUUGUACUGUGCACAAAAAUGAACAGCUUAAAUUGUUUUGUGAAACCUGUGAUAAAUUAACAUGUAGGGACUGUCAAUUAGAGGAACAUAAAGACCAUAAGUAUCAGUUUCUAUCAGAAGCAAUCAGGCAACAGAGGGAAAACAUUCAAAAUGCAGUUGUUAAAUUGAAACAAAAGUUAGUAAAUUACCAGCAAGCUGACAAAAUCUUAACAUCAAAGAACACUGAACUUAAAUCUAAACUCAAUGAUGUUUGUCAGAAUAUGAGAGAUGUGGCAGAAAUCAUCACCAAAGAGGUAAACAAACACACGGACAAUCUCAUUCAGUAUCUCGAAAAGUAUGUCAGUACAAAAACCAAUGUUAUAUCUGACAAACAGCGCUUGGUGAAGGAAGCUUUGGACAAGAUGAAGCACACCAUUGAAUUUGUAGAAAAUGCAUUGACUGUUGGUGACGAUACAUCUAUUCUCUAUGCCAAAGGUGUGAUGAUGAAAACAUUACGAGUGCUUGCUAACAAUGGAAUUCCUUUCCACCCAAGCAUUCUCAAUUAUUCAAUAUCCUAUGAGCAUGAAAAAGAUUUCAUUUUGAAAAACAUCAACAAAGCCGGGACAUUGGUGAUAGACAAUAACAAGUUUCCUGCACCCCCAGGGCAAAGACCGACCUCUAGUCCUCAACAAGUCCAACCCAGACCCAGUCAGCCCAAUGUCUACCCACAGCCUGCCAUGCAGAACCGCACGACCAGUGCGAGUGGCUACUACACUAGUCGGAAUACCAUUCCACCUCGCAUCCAACAAAACUUUGGCCACCUCUCAGAGGUCGAGCAGAGAAAUCUGACUCAGAAAUUUUUCACCAUGUUGAAUCGUCAGCCAGGACCAGACCAGGUUUCAGGGGCCUCAAAUUACCAGCCACAGGUCCCUCCGAACCAAUUGAAUUUUGACCAGUCUGUGCGCAAUCUAACCAAUCUUGUGAAUGGCACCCCUUCACAGAGAACCAUGCCAUCAACUCGAUAUCCGCAUAACUCACCUGCAGCCAACAUGAUGCAGCCACAACAAAAAUUACCUACCUCCAAACCAACAUGGCCAGAUCAACGAGGUGGGAUGCAGUUGCCCAUAAGUUCCCACAGUGGCAUGCACUCUGGGUCAGCGAGUCAAGUCGGUGGAAUGGCACCCCCACAUGUCUCCGCUGGGGAUCAGGCCAGGUCUUCUAUCAGUCCAAGUUCUGCAGCAGACAGAAUCAUUGCAGGGAGAUCACAGCAAGGCCAAACAUCGGGUAAAUCUUGGAAUUUUGUUGACAUGGGUAGCCGUUUUCAUCAACCAACCUUCGUUUCUCACAUUGACCAGGGCUCACCAGGUCCCCAGGCUGCUUCACACCAUAGCAAGGUACCGAGCCCAGCAGGGGCAGGAUUUGAUGAGAGAUCCAGCAAUCAGACGCGACAUGAAACACCGGUGUCUGCUGUAGCAGGGUCCCAUGUAAAGGGAGAGGAUAAACAGCUUCCGUCCUGCCAAUUUGCCUCCAAUGAGUCUACUUCCAUGUCUGAAAAAAGUCGGACACCACCACUACCAAGAACCACCCCUCCACUGCGAAGAUCCACCCCUCCGCCAUCAAGAACCCCACCCCCUCAACGCUCACAGGCCACACCCCCUCCUCCCCCGCCUUUAGUGCACACCAGUCAUCUGAGCGUCUCGCACGGGAAACAGAUGCCGGAGAAUAAGGAUGAUGACCCUAACGAGGAUUACUGUGCGGUCUGUCAGAAUGGCGGGGAUCUCCUAUGCUGUGACAAGUGUCCCAAAGUCUAUCACCUCAAGUGUCACAUACCAGAGCUUAAGGAGUUCCCCAGUGAUGAGUGGCAGUGCACAAUGUGCACCAAUACAGACGACAUGGUGCUGGCAGAAAUAGAGAAGAAGGAUCUAACAAUGGGGCCGGGGAAACGCAAGGCUCCCUCUGGGCUCACAGAAAAAGAACUCAAGGCUUGUGAGAGAAUUUUACUGGAGUUGUUUACCAACAAGGAGAGUGCCGUGUUCCACGAACCCGUCAGUAAACUGGUCCCAAACUAUUACAAAAUAAUCACCAGACCUAUAGAUUUCUCCAAGAUCCGAUCCAAACUACAGCGGCAGAACUUCAACCAUUACAACACUGUGGAGGAGUUCCUGGCCGACUGUAAACUGGUCUUCAAGAACUGUUUCACCUAUAACUCGGUUGGCACUCCAAUAUAUGUACAAGGUAAAAUGUUGGAUGAAGAGUUUGAAAGACUGGUGCAGAAGUUUUUACCAUGCUAUUAUGAUGUGUUGGAUGAACUUGAAACUCGGACGGACACGCCCACCAGUGACGCAUCAGAUGGGGGUCCAGGGGAAAAGAAGAAGAAGAAGCGAUAUGAAGAAGACCCAAGUGUUGACCCAUUGCACAUACAUUGAAAUUCAUAGCGAUGUUUUAUUUAAUCAUUGGGAAUGACGAAGACAUAUGCAGAAUUCCACGGCAUUGAUCUACAUGAUUUAAAGCAGAUGAUUGUCGCAAUAAAAUCCUUAACGAUGUUUUAAAAGGAAAGUAAAGAAAAAAGGAUGGACAAGUGGCCAGUGAACAUAUUCUGAAACUCAUAGAGAUGUUUCAUUUUGUCAGCCUAAGCAAAAAAGAUCAGUGCACACGCACUUAGUGACGUUCUCUGAUUUGGCAAUGAUGAAGACAAAUGUGUAAGAUGAGUACACAUAAACUCAGAAAUCUUUUCUUAGCAAAAGAUGAUAAUUAUGUUGUGGACAAAAUGUGCAUCUUGCCUUAUUGAAACUGGGAUAAAUGUUUAAACAUCUGCAGGAGUAAAUGAAAACCUACUAGUCUCAAAUUCCAGCUAAAACUUGAAUUCCUCAAGAGACCAAUGUGUUUUAUGUGAGUGAUAUCACUGUUUUUGCAAUUUUGUAAAUACUUAAAAUCAUUAUAAUUUAUGAGUUUGAUUGUUCAUCUUAGGGUUUUUUUAUACUUACAUGUAUAAUAUUUCUAUUUGUACUUUAAUAUCAUGUUAACCAUGUAACAAUGUUCACAGUGCACUGACAGCUUUAUAAAGGGACCUCUUCAGAAAUUCCAUGUAUGUUAAAACUUUCUACACAGAAAAAGUAUUCCGAUAUUUGUUGACAACACAGGAACAUCUAUCGCAACGUCUUAAUUCUUGAAUUGAAUAUUUGGUACAUGUUUUAUGUACAUUAUUUGUACAGUGAAAAAUAUUGUUAAUAAAUAAUUUUAGAUUGA